AUGCUUCGUGUGAUGCUGAAACUUAAAAGGUUGAAGGGGGAUAUCAAAGUUUGGAACAAAGAGAUUUUUGGGAACGUGGACACUGCCAUCUCUCAACUCCAACGACAACUUUCGGAUACCCAGAAUCGGAUAUCUGAGUCUGGCUAUACGGACGCCUUGUUUGAUGAGGAGGUGAGCAUUCAAGCCAAUUUGAAUGUUACCCUCAGUCGGAAAAACAGCUUGCUUCAGCAAAAGAGUCGUAUUUCUUGGCUUAAGGAUGGGGAUCGGAAUACUGGAUUUUUUCAAAGAAUGACUAAGUUUAAGAAGAAAAAUGCUUCGAUUUCUCACUUGAAGAUUGAUGGUGUUGACUGUUAUGAUUCGAAGGUCAUUGAGCAGCAUGUGGUUAGUCACUUUGCGGAUUUAUUCAAGGAUGAUGGACAUCCGGGAGCGGAUCAUCUUGAUAUUGAUGCUCUGAUUGAUGCUACUAUUACGGAAAGACAAAAUUUCGAGCUUGUUAGCAUUCCGCAGGAGUACGAGAUCAAGGCGACGGUUUUCAGCAUGGAUGCCAACAGUGCUCCUGGUCCUGAUGGUUUUUCUGGGCAUUUUUUCCACACUUGUUGGGAUAUUAUUCAGGAUGAUGUUGUGGGAGCUAUUCAGGCAUUUUUUCAGUACUCUUAUCUUCCCACUGGCUGUAACUCUAGCACGAUGGUGCUUAUCCCGAAAAAAGAUACGGUGUCAACCGUUUCCAAUUUACGGCCCAUUGUGCUAUCCAACUUUUUCUUCAAAAUUAUGUCUAAACUUCUUGUUGCUCGUCUCAGCGGGAUUGCGGCGACUCAUGUCUCAAGCAACCAGUUCGGCUUCAUCAGUGGUAGAAAUAUUCAUGAUUGCAUUAUGCUGAGUUCGGAGGGAUUUAAUGCCAUGCAGCGAACUAAUAGGGGCUCUAAUAUGGCUUGCAAGGUUGAUAUUAAGAAAGCUUUCGACACCAUUCGUUGGGAGUUCAUUAUGCAGGUUUUGAGAGCAAAUGGUUAUCAUGAGACUUUUAUAAAUUGGAUUUCGAUAAUUUUCAAAUCUGCCCGGCUUUCUAUUCUUUAUAAUGGGCAGCUCACUGGUUACUUUCCUUGCUCUCGUGGGGUGCGGCAAGGUGAUCCGCUUUCUCCCAUUCUUUUUGGGAUUGCCGAAGAUGUCCUUAGCCAUCUUAUUAGCAGUUGUGUGAAUUCGAGACAUCUGGUGCCUAUGAGGUUCAGCCGUGCGACGAACUUCCCUACUCAUCUGUUUUAUGCAGAUGAUAUUAUCAUUUUCUGCAAUGCCACCAUUCGGAAUGCCUGCAAACUGAGACAAGUGUUGAACUAUUAUGAGGGGAUGUCUGGUCAGAAAUGCAGUCAGGAGAAAUCGAAUGUAAUCUUUGGGAAAGGUGUUUCUAUCGCGAGUAAAAGGGAAAUUCAGCGAGCUCUUGGUUUUAUGAUGGGCAGUCUUCCUAUGACGUACUUAGGGGUUCCCAUUUUUGUUGGCAGUCCGCGUGCUAGUUUUAUCAUGCCUAUAUACGACCGUAUCGUACAAAAGUUCGCCAGAUGGAAAGGUUUACAGCUUUCGAUUGCAGGGAGACUUUGUUUGGUGCAAUCGGUCAUUCAGAGCUCCUUGGUGCAUUCGAUGAAGGUUUAUAAAUGGCCCAGAGCGCUGUUGCAUUCGUUGGACAGAAAGUGCCAAAAUUUCGUUUGGACUGGGAAUGUUGAUCAACGGCCUAGCUGUUCUAUCAUCAGCUCGCGUUAUCUCACGAGGUUUAGAUAUGCAAAGCGGACUAUUGCUAACUCAUCGAUCUGGAUCGGGGUAAAGCAAGAGGUUAACCCUUUGGUGCUCGAUUCUUACUCUUGUAUUGAUAAUGGCGCCAAUACAUUGUUUUGGACGGAUGACUGGCUGGGAUACAAGUUAGUUGACAGAUUAAGAAUUUCUCAUUUUAUGCAUGAGUUUCUUAACUUCGCUGUGAAAGACUACUUUUUUGAUGGUAAGUGGCACUUCUCUGCUACGUUUGUGAACACUUUUCCGGAUAUUGUGGCGGAUAUUUUAUUGGUGUCUUUUGGGGAUCAAAAAGACCGAAGAUUUUGGAAGCACUCGGUCAAAGGGGAAGUUACUGCGGCGCUUGCUUUCUCUAAUAAGUGUCAUCGUUUUCCAAUGGUCAAAUGGGGCAAGUGGAUUUGGGAGCCUUUUAUACCUGUUCGUAGAUCUAUUUUAUGUUGGAGGGUGUUGCAUGGUAGAUUGCCGACGAUGGAUGUCCUUAGAAGACAAGGCAUGAUUGCUCCUAAUGGUUGUCAUUUUUGUUUAGCAGAUGAAGAAUCCAUUGAUCAUAUCAUGUGGAGUUGUACGAAAGUUAGUCAAAUAUGGAAUACUUUACUGGAUUGGUUUGGAAAGACGGAGCUGCUUAGCUGCAUUGAUAUUACUACCUUUCUGGUUUUUGCUUGGAAUGCUAGCUUCAGUUCGCAAAUUCUCUCUCUUUGGAAAGCAAGCAUUAUAACUGUUAUGUGGAAGAUUUGGGAUGUUCGAAAUUCGGUGGUGUUUGAGGAUACUCAUUUUGAAGCUAGAGCUGUGCUUGCUUUUGUCAAAGCCUUUCUCAAAGAGUUGGAUUCUAGUUUCGCGCGGAUGGGAACGAUCAGGAACACGUGGGGCGACUAUGUGAUUAUGAGGCGGAUUGGUGUCAGUUCGCGCAGGAGUCCGCCCCCGCGUAUGUUAGAGGUUCAUUGGUGGCCCCCGGUUGGUCAUUGGAUCAAAGUGAAUACGGAUGGCUCUGCUAAAGGGGCUCCUGGUCCUAUCGCAAGAGGUGGAGUGUUUCGUGAUAAAUGGAAUGUGGUUCGCGGUUGCUUCCACAUUAAGGGUGGACGAGGGAAGGAAAUCAACCGGCUGAUCUCAUGGCCAACGGGGAUAGACAAGAAGGUUGGUGGCCUUUUGCGAUUGAUGAGAUCAAGCAAGCGGUUUUUGCUUUGCUUGAUGUCGGGGUUUUUGCGAGGAGUGGGCUGGGCUUUUGGAGGUGCUGUUGUUCGGUCCAGAGCUGAGGUGUGUGGCUGGCGGUGGAGGGGGUUCCGGUUGUUGGUUGCGGUUGGGUUGAUGAUGGCUUGGCACAAGCCUUUCGUUGAGCAUCUGGAGAGCGUUCUCUGUGGUCGGGAGAUAAAGGGUCCGGCUGCUGCACUGCGAGGGAGGAGGUCUUCAUCAUUGCUGUGGUUUUCGUUGCUGCUCAGUUUCAAAGGUGCUGUGGUCUUCUUGGAGGAGGUUGCGGUGGGGUUGCUGAUGGCUUCACUCAAGCCUUUCGUCGAGCCUCUGGCGAGCAUUAUCUGUGGUCGGGAGGUAAAGGGUAUUGCUGCUGCGAUGCGCGGGAGGAGGUCAUCAUCAUAG